CCUGGGGCCUCAAGAGUCCCCACUCUAAAUUGCCGCCUGGCUCGAGUGCAACAGGCUACGUAGUUCAGAAAUUCAUCCGCCGUAAGCACGAAAACGAUUUCUAGCGUCAACUUUCGGCGCUGCUUUCAUCGCAUCUACGUUGCAUUAUUGCAUAAGUUCGCGCGCGUAGUGUACUGAUCUUCGUGGAGUAUCAACAGUGAAAACGAAAACAGGAUACAAAAUGAAGGUUCUAGCAGCUCUGCUGCUAACAGUGCUGUUAUCUGGAGCGGUUUCUCCGAGUAAAGUUUCCUUAGACAACGAAACAUCAUCUACGCAUGCACCAUCUACAAUUGAAUUACGUCUGUACGAUGAUGACAGUGCGAAUUCAUUCGAAAAAUCCUCGGAAAAAUCCCCUGCUGUAUUAGCAAACGAAUACAAGAAAGAUGACAAAUCCUCUCCGAUUGAUGAAAAAAUACCGUCAAAAUUGAAGAAAGAUGAUCUUCACUUUUUGAAACCGUUCCGUGGGCCUAAAGAAAUGCUUUUACAAGAAAUUCGUAUUUUAAACGAAGAAACGAAGACUCAAGAGGAAGUUGCACAAACGUUCAAGGCGGAAGCUAAAAAAAUUAGACCAUUAAAUUUCUCAACAACAGCAAAACCAAUCGGUGCUAAUAAUGCAACAGAAGAAAACAGUGGUAUAUCAAAAUGGGUUCCAGACGAAGAUGUACCCUAUGAAGAUGACAUAAGCGAGGACGAAGAAGAUGAAAAUGAUGAUGAAUAUGAUGAUGGUGAUGAAGAUGACGAUGAAAACGACGACGAACCCGAGUAUGAUGAACAAGUGAUGACACAAUGUCCCGAUUAUUGCAAAUGUGCUGGAGAAUAUGCAGCUGCAACAACUGCAACAUGCACUAAAUUUGUGGAACAACAAUUUUUUGGCACAGGUAUCGUUCAUUUGCGUAUAGAGAAUGCUGGACAAAUUCGUCUUGGCCCUCUUGCAUUUCAAUCACGAGGGUUUCAACAGCUGGAAUCGAUUGUGAUUACUGAUACGAGAAUAGUCGAAUUAAAUCAAACUGCAUUUGACGGCAUACCGUACUUAUUUUCUGUCAAUUUGACACGCAAUGACCUUCAAGAUAUUCAUCCAAGUACUUUCCAAAGUAACAUGCAGUUAUCGUUACUUUGCAUUUCCGGAAAUCCAUUGAAGCAUACACAAGAUUUAAAAUUAGCGAAACAUGGCUUGUUUGACGCUCCAUCGGUUACAGAACUUGACUUUUCCUUUAAUGGUUUGAUGAAAUUAAAACGUACAGUAUUCUCAAAGAUGAAGAGUUUGACCUAUAUUAAUUUAAAAGGCAACAAAUUGAAAGAAAUUGAUAGCGCCACGUUCAACAUGUUGGAAUCACUUGUGGAACUAGAUCUUUCAAAUAAUUUAUUGAAUGAAAUCCCAGUUGAUCUCUUCCCUAAUAACGACAUUCAGAUGCUUCGUGUUGCUGGGAAUAAUUUGAUAUCUUUGAACACUAUACAAGCAUCAAAAUUGAGAUUAUUAGAUGCUUCCAAUAAUAAAAUCAAAGUAAUUGCGAAAGAUGAUCUUUCUGGUGUACCCUCAUUGGAUCAACUGAUGAUUAGUUCAAAUGGCCUCAAACGAAUUCAUCAACAUGCUUUUGCUAAUCUUGAUCAACUGAAUCAUCUUGACAUUAGUGAUAAUAAACUGACCUCUUUAACAGAACAUCAUUUAAGAGCUAAUUCAAGGUUACAAGUUCUAUUGAUGAACAACAACCCUGAAUUGGGAACCUUACCAAUUUUCAAAACAUUUGGUUUUGAGUAUGAUACAUACAGUGUGUAUCGAUUUGAAUGCUCAAAUUGUGGCUUGUAUUUCCUCGAAGAAGGAACAUUCAAUGCUAUGCCAGCAAUAACGCAAUUGAAUCUAUCCAGAAAUCGCCUGAUGAAACUUCCAAACGGACUUCUUUCUCGCCUCUCAUCUUUACGAAUCCUUGAUCUUUCUGACAAUAUAUUUAACACUUUAGAAAGCAACAUGUUCCGCGGUGCUACCAGUUUAACUAAAAUCAGUCUUGCGGGUAAUCCUUUGACAACAUUACAAGUAACGCCGUUCUUGAUGGCUCCUGGUCUUACUAAACUUGACGUAAGCAGAUGCGCAUUAGAAAAAGUUUGGACUGUAACUAGUGCUCAGUUGACUGAUUUACGAUCUUUAUCAGUUCGACAAAAUCUUCUUCGUCGAAUAACCGUGGAAGAAUUGAAUGCAACGCCCAAACUUGUUAGUUUGGAUUUAUCGCACAAUCCUCUUAAUUGUGAUGUUGACUUUAACGAAGCUAUACAAUGGCUUACAGAUCAUGCUGUAACGCCAAUUGAAACAUUAAGAUAUAUUAGUAAUUAUGGUAAUACCGACAACUACCCCGAUUCCGAAGGUAUCAGUCAAUGGACCGAUUUGGGAAAAACAAUUUGUAACGAUACUAGUACCGCACCACAACCAAGACCAGUUCCUCAUAAAGAAAAGAAACUAACGAUUUUCCUUGGAUCAUUUGACACGUCAGAAAACUCAGAUCCUUUGUUAAGAAGCAAUGUUGAUAGCGAUGAUGAGGAGGAAAUACUUAAACUGGACAUUGAUCAUGGAAUAAAAUCAAAUGAAGUAGUAGAAAAAGCCUGGACAACUCAAGAUCAAGAAUACGAAGAUUUUAUUGCUUCAGAAAAUAUGGAAUAUCAUCCCUGGUACACUAGUGCACUUUGGCCAGUAAUUAUCGUGGUUGUCAUAACUUCAAUGAUUCUUCUACUAUCGGUGCAUAUUGCAAUUCAUUUGGCGAAACGACGAGGUCAGGGACCCGUAAUCAGGCCACCGAUGAUCCUUCGACAAGGCUUUAUUGACAAUAAGAAUUGUGGUUUAGUAUACAAACCUCUUCAAGAAGAAAUUGCUACACCGCAUGUUCCAAAACGAGGAAGCUUUUAUUCGUGUAGUACAUUCCACUAUGAUAAAAUUGUGCCAGAAAGCGUUUAAAAUUUAUGAGCUACAAAUAAUCAAUUAUUUAGCAACCGAUGUAAUUCAAUUUAACCAGACACUAAGGGGAGUAAAAAAUUCUUAUGGAAAUAGAAAUUAUUUUUAAAUAAAAUCGAUUAAUUACACUCGGAAAAAC